AUGAAUCUCGAGGCCAAAAAAAAACUCAAAAUACGUGAUCAAGAGGAAGAAAGACGUUUUCACCCUCGGUCCUGGUCCCUCUCCCCACCACGUAGAGAAAAACGACGGUGCAACGACUAUGAACGACCGCCGGUUUUUUACCAGCAUGAUACCCCGAUGACUGUCACCGUCAGACACCUACCGCCACCGCCACUUCUGGUAGCGUCUCUGGCGAGGUCAUACACCUAUGACCAUCGCGCUUACCGUGAAGAGAUUCGGGAACAGGAGGGGGACCCGUAUUAUGUGUUUUAUAGAGAGGCUCCGGCUCCUACUGUAUAUGCUUUACCACCGGAGUACCACAUUGUAAGUAGAGAGUACCACCAUCCUCCACCUGCAGUCCAACCACCACCACCACCAGCGGAGCAUCGGUUUUCUGAUUACCGUGAUGUGGGGCCACCGCCUGAAUACCGUUCUCAUCGGACACAUUAA